GAAGUAUUGCAGAAGGGCUCUUGAGGAUCGUGAGAUCGCUUGUCGUCUGUCCAGUGCCUGCAAUUGGUCGCAUGUGCACGAAGGCUUUUUUCAGACUCGAGACUAAAGGAUGAAAUAAGGUGCAGAGCUGAAGAGCGCAGGGAAUGAGAGAAUAGCGACGGACGACACGCGCACACGGACUCUGUCGGUCUGAGGCACGAGUGAAGUCUGACUAUCACAAGACGCGGGAAUUUGGAUCACAUUUAUAUCAACAGGAUUUUGUUGCAUUUAUUUGAAGCGGAUGGUGUGAAAGGUACAGGGGAAGCAUCACUCGCACAGCUGUAAGGAUGCAGGUGUCCGGAUUGAGGAUUAAGCUGUGGUGUCCGCUUAUCUCUCUGGCACUGAUUCAGUGUUUUGCUCCUGCCUCAGCUCAAGUUCAAGGUCCAAGAAGACUUCGAUUUAAAGUUCUCACUGCAGGCAAGCUGCUUGUCACAUGGAAGGAACCAAGGGGAGAUUAUGAUGGCUACAGAUUUAUAUAUAAUAGUGAACCAGGUGGGGAAGCGAGCGAGUUGCCAAUAGCGAGAGGAGAGAAUAAAGCUGUGAUAAAAGAUUUUAAUCCCAAGAAAGAGUAUUCAGUCAAAGUUAUAGCUGUGAGAGGAAACCAACACAGCAGAGCACUUCAGGGAAAAUAUGCUGAAGACCAGAACAGUGAUGGAGAGAUCAUUCAACCUCAAGUACUCAAAGAAGACAGUCUAGUUGAAGAGGCCAAUGAGAUCUCAGCAGUGGACCAGUUUGUCUGCACGACCUCCGCCAUCGCAGAUAUUGUCAUCCUGGUUGACGGCUCUUGGAGUAUUGGACGAAUCAAUUUCCGUCUGGUUCGCAUGUUUCUGGAAAACCUGGUUAAUGCCUUUGAUGUGGGAAUAGACAAAACCAGGAUAGGACUGGCCCAGUACAGCGGAGAUCCAAGGAUUGAAUGGCACUUGAAUGGUUUUAGCACAAAAGAUGCAGUGAUAGAUGCUGUGAAAAACCUGCCUUACAAGGGAGGAAACACUCUGACUGGUCUUGCUCUUACCUACAUCCAGGAGAACAGCUUUAAACCUGAGUCUGGAGCUCGUAGCGACAUUCCCAAAAUUGGCAUUCUUAUAACAGAUGGGAAAUCUCAAGAUGACGUUCUCCCAUCUGCUCAGAGCCUAAGAGAUGCUGGAGUCGAGUUAUUUGCCAUUGGUGUAAAGAAUGCAGAUGAGAAUGAAUUGAGGGCCAUCGCCUCUAAACCAGAGGACACACAUGUUUAUAAUGUGGCUGACUUCAGUAUCAUGAGCACUAUAGUGGACGGUCUGACCAAGACUGUAUGUGAGGGAGUGGAACUACAAGACCAAGAAAUUAAACAAAAUUAUUUUCCUGAAGGGACAGCGUUCCCACCCCAGGACCUGGUCACUUCUGAGAUGACUGCGCACAGUUUCCGUGUGUCCUGGACUCUUGCGCCUGGCAAUGUGGAAAAAUACAGAGUGGUUUACCAUCCAACCGGAGCAGACGUGCUGGAAGAGAUUGUGGUGGGCGGCACCGAGAAUUCAGUCGUCCUGCAGAAUUUAAACUCUCUGACCGAGUACGAGAUCGCCGUGUUCGCUGUAUACCGCAGCUCGGCGAGCGACGCUCUCAGAGGCAGCGAGAUCACACUGGCACUACCCACAGUGAGUGAUCUGGAGUUGUACGAUGUGACUGACAACAGCAUGAGAGCCCGCUGGAGGGACACAGAAGGGGCUUCGUCGUACAUGAUCCUGUACGCUCCACUGAGCAGUGACACUGUGGAUGAAAGAGAGCUCAAGGUGGACGAGACAGUGACUGAUGUGGAGCUCAAGGGAUUGAUUCCAGACACAGAAUAUACAGUUACAGUCUAUGCCCUGUUUGGAGAGGAGGCGAGUGAUCCGGCAACCGCUCAGGAGACCACCAUUUCUCUGAGACCUCCACGUAACCUGCGGGUCACUGAAGUGGAUCACAGUUCGGUGCGACUCAACUGGGAUGCUGUUUCCAGUAAGGUUAAAGGUUACCGUGUCAUGUAUGUCAAGACAGAUGGUGUCCAGACCAAUGAGGUGGUGUUGGGUCCUGUCACCAAUGUCUACCUGGAAAAUUUGUCUCCCGUAACUGAGUACACCGUUGCAGUUCUUGCCAUGUAUGAUGCUGGCCAAUCAGAUGCUCUCAGUGGCAGAUUCACUACAAAGCUCGUGCCGGCUCCAUUCGGACUGUUGACCAAUGAGGCCACCUCUGAGAGUUUCCGGGUAAGCUGGUCACACCCUGCCAGGGAUGUAGUGCUGUAUAAGUUGUCCUGGUCACCCACCACCGGAGGAGAUCAGAAGGAGAUGAUGCUGAAUGGAGCUGUGGACUCAUAUGUGAUACAUGACCUGUCCCCUUUUACUGAGUAUAAGGUGUCACUAUCAGCCGUCUAUAAGGAUGAGAAAGAGAGCAGUGCAGUGGUUGCGCUAGAGAACACAUUGGGCUGGACCACAGCAGUUCCGACCACCAUUUACUCCACGACAGAAAUUGUUCGUUUGGGAGUGACUGCCCUGCGGGUGGAAGACGAGACCCCCUAUAGUCUACAAGUGAGCUGGGAGGUGCUGGACUCAGACGUGGAGCAGUACAAAGUGACAUAUGUCAGCCCGAACCGCGCAGAAGAGACAGUUUUGGUAAAAGGAACUAGUAGGAGUGUGAUCCUGCAACCUCUCUUUUCGGACACCCACUACAGAAUCACAGUGACCCCUGUGUAUGAUGAUGAAGAGUCCACCACGCUUUCCAUGACCUCAUCCGGCAAAACACUGCCACUAUCCGGCCCCAGCAACCUCAGGAUCUCUGAAGAAUGGUAUAAUCGCUUCCGCAUCACCUGGGAUGCUCCUCAAUUCCCUACUAUGGGUUACAGGGUCAUCUACCAGUCCGACUCUGUAUCAGGUCCAGCUUUGGAGACAUUUGUAGGUGAUGAUGUGAACACCCUGCUGAUCCUCAAUCUGUUGAGUGACACGGAGUACCGCAUUCAGGUCAUCGCCUCAUACACCACAGGCUCCAGCCAACCCCUCACCGGCAAGGGCAAGACAUUGUUUCUGGGGGUCAACAAUCUCAACACAUACAAGGUCCACAGUACCAGCAUGUGUGCCCAGUGGCAACCACAACGUCACGCCUCUCUCUACAGAGUUACCAUUGAAUCAGUUCUCAACAAUGAAAAAGAGGAAGUGAGGCUUGGCGGUGGAACGUCCAGACAUUGUUUCUUCAACCUUUACCCAAACACCCCUUACAAAAUCAGCGUCUCCACCCUUUUACAGGACAUGGAGGGACCUGCCGUCACAACCACAGCAACCACUUCUCCAGUACCCACCCAACCACCAACCGCAGCCCCCACCACAAUCCCUCCUCCCACCAUCCCACCAGCUAAAGAAGUUUGCAAAGAAGCCAGGGCAGACCUGGCCUUUCUUGUAGAUGGCUCCUGGAGUAUCGGAGAUGACAACUUUCAGAAGAUUAUCCGCUUUCUAUACAGCACAACCGGCGCGCUUGACGUGAUUGGUCCCGAGGGAACACAGGUGGCCAUUGCUCAGUUCAGUGACGAUGCCAGGACUGAGUUUAAGUUGAACUCCUACAGUGACAAGGAGUCUUUGCUAGACGCGGUGCAACGCAUCAACUACAAGGGAGGAAACACUAAGACAGGCCGAGCCAUUAAGCACGUUAAAGAGGCCAUCUUCGCUGAGGACGCAGGAGUAAGGAGAGGCAUCCCUAAAGUCCUGGUGGUGCUCACAGAUGGACGAUCUCAGGACGAUGUCAACAAGAUCUCGAAAGAAAUGCAGACAGAAGGCUACAUCAUCUUUGCCAUUGGCUUUGCCGAUGCUGACUACGGGGAGCUGGUGAACAUUGCCAGCAAACCCAGCGAGAGACACGUGUUCUUCGUAGAUGACUUGGAUGCUUUCAAAAAGAUUGAAGAACAGCUAAUAACUUUUGUUUGCGAGGCGGCGACAGCCACUUGCCCAUCUGUGCUAAUGGGUGGAAACACUUUAGCAGGCUUUCGUAUGAUGGAGAUGUUUGGUUUGGUUGAGAAGCACUACAGCAGCGUACAGGGUGUUUCAAUGGAGCCUGGAACCUUUAACAGCUUCCCCUGCUACAGGUUGCACAAGGACGCUCUCGUCUCUGAGCCUACCAGGUAUCUUCAUCCUGAAGGGCUUCCUUCUGACUACACAAUAACAGUGCUCUUUCGCAUACUACCCGAAACUCCUCAGGAACCCUUUGCAUUAUGGGAAAUCCUCAACAAAAACAAUGAGCCACUGGUUGGCAUUAUUCUGGAUAAUGGAGGGAAAACAUUAACCUUUUUCAAUCACGACUACAAGGGAGAGUUUCAGACGGUGGCUUUUGAAGGAACCGAAAUUAAGAAGAUUUUCUAUGGCAGUUUCCAUAAGCUUCAUGUGGCCAUCAGCAAAACUGCUGCCAAAGUGGUGAUCGACUGCAAAACAGUAGGAGAGAAACCCAUCAAUGCUGCAGGGAACAUCACCAUUGAUGGAGUGGAGGUUCUGGGACGUUUGGUCCGCUCGCGUGGAAGAAGAGACAACUCUGCACCGUUUCAGCUCCAGAUGUUUGACAUAGUCUGCAGUACAUCAUGGGCGAGUCGGGAUAAGUGCUGUGAACUCCCAGGCUUGAGAGUAGAAGACGAUUGUCCUGCCAUGCCUCACGCCUGCACCUGUGCUCAGGACAGCAAAGGACCUCCCGGACCCUCAGGACCUCCGGGCGGUCCUGGUAUAAGAGGUUCAAGAGGAGAUCGGGGGGAACCAGGCUUGACGGACCCUGCAGGGCUUUUACACUUUGUUUCAGCAGCUCGGCUGGUGGGACCUCAAGGGGCUUCGGGUGAGAUCGGACCUCCGGGACCACAGGGGCCUCCAGGUCCUCAGGGGCCAAAUGGAAUGUCCAUUCAGGGGCCAGUGGGAGCUCCAGGAGAGAAAGGAGAGAAAGGUGAGACUGGAUUGCCAGGUCCUCAGGGUGUACCAGGUGCAAGUGGAGGACCUGGCAGAGAUGGACCUCCAGGACAAAGAGGGCUACCAGGUAAAGAUGGACCCCAAGGACGACAAGGCCUUCCAGGACCAAUGGGAAGCCCUGGCGCUCCUGGGGCCCCGGGAUCAAGUGGACCACCAGGACCAAUGGGUGAUCAGGGACAGUCUGGUCCUCCCGGUGUCAAAGGUGAUCGGGGAGAGAGAGGUGAUAUACAGUCUCAGGCGGCUGUUCGCGCCAUUGCACGGCAAGUUUGUGAGCAGCUAAUUCAGAGUCACAUGUCCCGCUACAACUCGAUUAUGAACCAGAUUCCUAGUCAGUCUGUUUCAGUGCGGACAAUACAAGGUCCUCCAGGUGAUCCUGGUCGGCCGGGACCUCAGGGACAGCAGGGAGAGCAGGGCCCACCUGGCAGACCCGGAUUUCCAGGAGCUAGUGGACAAAACGGCCGCCCAGGAGAAAGAGGUCUCUCAGGAGAAAAAGGAGAGAAAGGCAGUCCAGGGGUAGGGACACAGGGUCCCCGUGGUCACCAAGGACCUCCAGGGCUUCCGGGAGAAGGUCGGACAGGCAGUCAGGGUCCUCCAGGGAGGCCUGGAAUUCAGGGCACCUCUGGACGUCCAGGUACACCCGGUAACCCCGGUCCCGCCGGACCUCCCGGCUACUGCGACCAGAACUCCUGCCUCGGGUACAAUGUUGGAGUACAACAGUUACCCUCCAACCCCUACCAAAACUACGGCCCCGCCACGAACUACAACGAUGAGGAGGAUGAUGAAGAGGACCCUUACGGCGGCUACCCUCCUCAGUACUACCAACCCAACUACCCUGACCCCCGUGCCUCCAGGCCUGGCCCCGCUCAACCUGCCGACACGGCGGGGAUGAGGUCACCUGGCGCACGUCGCUUCUCCCGCAGCACGACCGAAGAAGGGGCGUAGGUGAGUCGGCAGCGAACGCCGAAAAGCUCGGGUGACCGGCCCCAGCGAACCCAUUCUCCACACACAAACACUUGUCAUCUGAAUAUCCUGCAGCGUAGGACGAAGGGAACUCCGAAAAGUGCCUGCUAUAUGCAUCCUUAUUGGGAGAGGGGAGACGAUUAGGAAAUGAAACUGUGCUGAUUCAUCCAGUGACUUUUCUGUUUUUGCGAGGUUGCAUGUGGCCAAAAAGAUGAGAAGCAAGUUGAGACAAAGCAGUGGUUUUUGAUUUAUGUGUAGUCCAUAUAUUUUGUACACGAUAAUGGGGAGGGUUCGUCUGUACAGUUGUGUAAUUUUUAUUUUUAAAGGGUCAAAUCACCCAAAAAUACAAAUUUUGUCAUUAUGAUUUGUGAAUUGUCUUUUGAAGCCAUAUGCAGAUUUGUUAUUCAGUAAACAUAUUGAUAUAGCUUCGCUCUCUAGCUUAUGGUAUGCACAAAGUAGGAUUUUCUACUAAAGGAUCAAGUUACUAAAUGAGAAGGGAAAUGACAACAGAUAAUUUAAAUUUUUGGGUGAACAGAUCCUUUAAGUGAUCAACCAUGUUACAGAAAUUUACAAAUGUUUACAGCUUUUAGCAGUUAUCUUAUACUGGCUGCUUAAGUUAUUUAGAGAAGAAAAUACCUCCGUUCAAGCUUUUGAUGUUAUUGUCACUAGCAACUAUUUAUGAAGCUGAAUUCUUAAUCAAACCCAUUAAAAAUCCAAAUGUCUUCAUUUCCACUGGUUCUUUAAAGUAACACUCAAUGACAUGCCACAAAUUUUGUCUGGAUUGUAUUUGUAUUAUCACACAUUAUUGUGAACUCGUGCAUAUGAUCAAGUCAAGCAAAUCCACGGGACAAUGCAGUGAAAGCUCUCAGAGGAGUGUGGAGUCUAUGGUCCUGUUCACUGUGAAUGAGGUCUGAAUAGUUAGGCCUGUGGUCUACCGUCCUUUCAGAAUAAAUCAAACUGCACAUGGAGCAGGUACCAGUGAAAACUCCUCACCAGACCUUUAAAUCUACAAAGUUAUUUAUUUUUACUUUAUUAUUUGUUUUUGUAACCAAUAAAACUGUACUGCGACUAUGACUCAA